AUGCAAUACCUUAAUUAAUAAGGAUCAAUUAUCAAAAAAGUUUAACUUAAUCGCUAUUUAGAAAAAGAAUAUUUUAAAAGAAAUAAGAAAAAAAGAAUCAAAUAAAGUAAAAUAGGCCAAAUAACAAGGUAGUAGAAAAUGGCUGCAUAAUCUAAAAUACCAUCUAAUGAUUAAUUAUGGGCUGAUUUGAUGUCAUAAUUUGUCAAGUUUUUCUUCAAGAAUGGAUAGAGGACAACAAUUACCAUUUCAGCAAUACUUGCUUUAUUAGGUAUGCUUAAGUUACGCAAAAACUAAAGAAGUAGGGAAGUAGAUUCUAAAGUCAAGUAAGAAAAAGAAAGAAAGGGUAAGGGAGAUGUUGAUAAAGUAUUCUUUGAGCGUAUUAAAACUCUCUUAAAGAUUGUAAUCCCAUCAAUUAAAUGUACUGCAAUAAUCGAUAUAGUGCUUUUAACAGUCUUCUUAGUUUUCCGUACUUAUUUGUCUAUCUAUUUAGCUGGAGCAAAUGGUCGUAUUGUAAAAGCCAUCAUCAAGCUUGAUUACUAAUUGUUUGUGAAGAGAAUUAUAUAACUUUGCAUGAUUGCUAUCCCUGCUUCUUUUGUUAAUAGCUACUUAGACUUCUUAAAUAAAAGAUUAGCUGUUUUCUUCAGAACACAAUUGACUUAGCACUUAUGUGGACUUUACUUAAAUGGUAUGAUUGGCUAUUAAUUAACUAGUCUUGACUGUCGUGUAGCUAAUCCUGACCAACGUCUCACUAAUGAUAUUGAAAAAUGGGCUAACUCUUUAUCAGUUAUCUAUUCUAACUUCACUAAGCCUGUUUUGGACAUAAUUUUAUUCUCCAGAAAAUUAGCUGAGUAAGUAGGAUGGAGAGGUCCUUUAAUGGUUGUCCUUUGGUAUUUCUUCUCUGGUUUGGUUAUUAAGUAUAUCUCCCCUCCUUUUGGUAAACUCACUGCUAUUGCUCAACGUAAUGAAGGUGACUACAGACAUUGCCACACAGAUAUUGUUCACCAUUGCGAAGAAAUUGCUUUUUAUAGAGGUAAUAAUUGGGAAAAGGAAAGAGUAGCCGAAUCUUUUAAUAAGUUGAUAAGACAUUAAGUUAAUGUAAUGGUUAAGCGUAUGUAUAUGGGUACAUUUGAUUCUAUGCUUGUUAAGUAUGGUGCUGUUAUGGUUGGUUAUGCAGUACUUGGUUUACCCGUUUUUGGUCCUGGAAAAGAAUAGUAUUUAGCAAAGAUUGGUAAAGACUCUUCCACUAUUACUAGAGAUUACGUUAGAAACUCAUCUCUUUUAAUUAAUCUCGCUAAAGCUAUUGGUAGAUUAGUCGUUUCAUAUAAGGAAAUUUAAGAAUUAGCUGGUUAUACAACUGUUGUUUGUGAAAUGAGAGAUGUUUUACUUGAUUUAAAUAAGGGAUAAUACAAGAGAAAAUUGGUAGAAUCAGCUGUUGAGUAUGGCUUCUAAUAAACUACUGCCCCUUAAUUUGUUACUAUUUAAACUGGAAAUCUUCACGAAGUUGAAGAUGUCAUUAAAUUUGACAAGGUCCCUAUUGUUACACCUGGUGGUGAAAAACUUGUUAGAGAAAUCAGCUUAGAAAUUAAAGUUGGUGAAAAUGUUAUUGUAACUGGUCCUAAUGGUUGUGGUAAAUCCUCACUCUUCAGAAUUCUUGGUGGUUUAUGGCCUAUUUUCACUGGUUCAUUGAGCAGCCCCUAAUUAAGUGAAUUAUUCUACAUCCCUCAAAAGGCAUAUCUCCCUACUGGUACUCUCCGUGACUAAAUUAUUUAUCCUGAUACUAGACUUUAAAUGCUUAGAAAAAAAAAAACUGAUGAUGAUUUAAUUGAAUAUUUAAAAAAUGUCAACCUUGAGUAUAUUGUCAACAGAGAACCUAAGAAAUUUGAAGCUUUUGAAGACUGGUAUGAUAAGCUCUCUGGUGGUGAAAAGUAGAGAAUAGCUAUGGCUAGAAUGUUCUAUCAUCAUCCUAAGUUUGCAAUUUUAGAUGAAUGCACCAGUGCAGUUAGUGCUGAUGUAGAAAAUAGCUUAUAUGCUUACUGCAGAAAGAAUAAUAUUACUUUGUUCACUAUUUCUCAUAGAGUUAAUGAUCUCAAGUAACACCAUGAUUACAUUCUACGUUUUGAUGGUGAAGGAGACUGGAAAUUAGAAAAGAUUAACCAUUGA